AUGUUUUACGUGGCCGAACGCUUCUUCUCCGUUAUUUGGCUGCUCAAUGACGACAACCCAGACAUGUCUAUGCUGGAUCUUAUCUGUAACAGGGUUCCAUCUAAGCAACGACAGCACUCCUCAGCUCUGAGGAAGCAGCAGCAGCAGCAGCAGCAGCAGCAAACGCAGCAGCAGGAACAAGGUGAAGGAGACGAGGAAGAUGAUGCCUCUGAGAGUAGGGACUCAGCAGGCAGCAGCGCCAGCAGCCCCAAGUACACCACCGCUAGCAGCAUCAGCAGCUAUACCAGCAGCAGCGGAUCUGCAAGCGUUUCUUUGUCUCCAAAGAGAUAUGACAGCUUAGAGUCUCCGCGAGCUGCUGCUAUUCGCAUGCAAGUGCAGCAGCACCGGGAACAGCUGGUUGCUCGCCCUCCUCCAGACCCAGGUCUGAUGCCCCUGAUUGAUUUGCCCCCACCUGCGAUGACUAGCUGCAACAGCUUAGCAGCAGCAGCUGCUGCUGCUGCUGCAGCUGAUGCCGCAGCCCGUGCUGCAGCCCUUAGGCACUGCCGCUCGGCAGAGGGGCCCCUACUGGCUUCAGGAGGACCUUCUUUUCUCUCUUUUUCUCCUUGUGGAUCAGGGGUUAGGGUCAAGAGUUAUGUAGAUACACCUGGACUGAAUGCAGCAGGCAAAAGGCCGAGUGCAGCAGCUUCUGCUGCUUCAGCAGCUUUGGGCUUUGCUUACUUUGAAGAGAUCGGCGGCUUUAAAGGCGCCUCCUCGAAGCUCCGCGCCCCGCCGCAGCAGCAGCAACAGCAGCAGCAGCAACAGCAGCAGCAGCAGCAGCGCCAGACGCCCCAAGGUCCUGGUUUCGCUGCGCAAAGGCGGAGGGUAAAGAGACACACCCAGCCGCCUAUCCACGCCAGCAUGCAACGGGAUCAGAAGCUGCAGCAGCAGGCCCUUGUAAACAUGCUGCCGCGAGAUGGUUUGCAGCAGCAGCAGCAGCGACAGCAGCAACAGCAGCAAGUAGAUUCUGCUUCUCACGGGAUUCGCUGCAUGUCCCAAGGAAGCCUCGGACACGCUGCUGAGCUUCCACGACAGCAGUGGCAGCUGCAGCUGCAGGGGCAGUUGGCUCCUAGACAGCAGCAACAGCAGCAGCUGCAGCAGGGGGAGCAGCCUCAACAGCAACAGCAACAGCAGCAGCAGCAGCGACUGAAGUCGCUUGAUACACUGCAUCGCAAAAACUCGUUUCCAUUUAGCAGAUCUGCGUCUUUAUGUGACCCUUCGUUUCGUACAGCAGCAACUGCAACAGCAACAGCAGCAGCAGCAACAGCAGCAGCAGCAGCAGCACCAGCAUGCCGACAUGUUGCUGCUACACGCAGCUGCUCGAGAUUAGAUGGUGACCGAGGGCUGCUGCGGUGGAGCCGUAGCUUCUGUUCUCCUCAGCGUGCAAGCUGCUGCCGUCAUGCAGGCAGCUGCUGCAGCAGCUGUUUGACAUACAGCAGCAGCAGCAGCAACAGCAACAGCAACAAAGCGCUGAGCUUCCCACGAAGCAGCAGCCCUGGUGUAUAUGGUCGCCACCGGCCUAGUGCUUAUAUGCAGCGCCGCAGGUACUCAACAGUUUGCUGGCCUGUAGACAGGGCAGCAGCAGCAGCAGCAGCAGCAGCAAGCACUGCUGCUGCGGUGGGGGGACAGCCGCUCCCUCCGGGCUGCUGCCGUGCCGCUGCAGCCUCCUGGUGGAGGCAGCAGCACGAGGAAGCAGCAGCAGCUGCAGCAGCAGCAGCCACCAAGGCUGCUGCGAGGGCAGCCUCAGACGUACUGAGUCUGUACCGCUCUGCGGGUGCGAGCAGCAGCGCAGCAGCAGCAGCAACAGCUGCAGCAACAGCAGCAGCAUCCGCAGUAGCAGAAGCAACUGAAAAGGCUCCUACUUCGUCGGGCGCAGCACCAGGGCUUGCCUUGCCUUAUGAGCACUACCUCCCUUACAGCCGGUCUUCCUCUCUGCAUGCACUGCAGCAGCAGCAGCAACAGCAGCAGCAGCAGCAGCAGCGGCAGCGUGCCUUUUCGAACCGGCAUUUUGAGGAGAAGGCAGGAUGGAAGCCCUUUUCAAGUCCUACUCUGUCUCCUUGUGCUGCUCGGGGUAGAUCCUUAACAGCAGCAAAAGUUAGCAGCAGGGUUUCUGCUGUUGGUGGGUGCCCAGCUAGCUGCAGCAGCCUCCGGCGCUGCUGCUGCUGCAGCACCAGCGGCAGCAGCAGCAGCAGCAGCAGGAGCAGGAACGCAGGUGCCCCGAGCAUUGCAGACAUUUGCAGGGGAAGCCCCUUGCUACACCAUUACCGGUAG